AGGGGGAGGGGAUGGUAGAAGGGAGGGGAAAGUAGUAGGAGGAAUAGGGGCGAGGGAAGGUAGUUGGUGCUGAUGCAGGAUGGCAGCGACCGUAGGAGCCUCUGAGAUCUGAGAGGAGCAGGGAGUCUGAGUCCCCUUUGGAGACGUCCCCUCCCUCACUUGCAGUAGCCUCCCCAGGCCUGCAGUACCAGAGGGGGAGGGAGAGGGGACUGGGGGAGAAGGGGCAGAUUUGCAGCCUGGCUCGGGGGUAGGGAUUGGAGGGGUUGAAUGCUUUGGAUUUGCCCUGUUUCCAUUCCUCGGGAGCUGCCAAGCCUGAAGAGUUCGCAAUGACCUGCUGAAAAGUACGCGCGCUGGACCCCGUCGGGCCGCACUGGGACGUGGCUCGGUUACUGGCCGGGUAUUUCCCACCCCUUGCUCCAGUGACCCUCCUGUCCCCCUUACCCCACCCACCCCAUCCCCCCUGCCAGCCCUUGCCCUCGCCCACAGCCGGCCGAGAUGGCGGACCCCUCUGAAUGCAGCAUCAAAGUGAUGUGCCGGUUCCGGCCUCUGAAUGAAGCAGAGAUCCUCCGAGGGGACAAAUUCAUCCCCAAAUUUAAAGGAGACGAGACGGUGGUCAUAGGGCAAGGCAAGCCCUAUGUCUUUGACAGAGUGCUACCACCCAACACAAGCCAAGAACAGGUUUACAACGCUUGUGCUAAACAAAUCGUUAAAGAUGUACUGGAAGGUUAUAAUGGGACUAUUUUUGCAUAUGGACAGACCUCUUCAGGAAAAACCCAUACCAUGGAGGGGAAGCUACAUGACCAUCAACUCAUGGGAAUCAUCCCAAGAAUUGCACAUGACAUCUUUGAUCACAUUUAUUCUAUGGAUGAAAACCUGGAGUUUCACAUCAAGGUUUCCUAUUUUGAGAUCUACUUGGACAAAAUACGAGACUUACUUGAUGUAUCCAAGACAAACCUGGCUGUACAUGAAGAUAAAAACAGAGUCCCAUAUGUAAAGGGGUGCACAGAACGAUUUGUCUCAAGCCCUGAAGAAGUUAUGGAUGUCAUUGAUGAAGGAAAAGCAAAUCGCCAUGUGGCUGUGACAAACAUGAAUGAACACAGCUCUAGGAGUCACAGCAUCUUCCUGAUCAAUAUUAAACAAGAGAAUGUAGAGACUGAAAAAAAACUCAGUGGAAAGCUUUAUCUGGUUGACUUGGCUGGGAGUGAAAAGGUCAGCAAAACUGGAGCAGAGGGAGCAGUUCUUGAUGAAGCUAAAAAUAUCAAUAAGUCUUUGUCUGCUCUGGGCAACGUGAUCUCUGCCUUGGCAGAGGGAACAAAAACUCAUGUACCAUACCGAGAUAGUAAGAUGACUCGAAUCCUUCAGGACUCUCUCGGAGGGAAUUGCAGAACCACCAUUGUUAUUUGCUGUUCUCCUUCUGUUUUCAAUGAAGCUGAAACCAAGUCCACACUGAUGUUUGGACAAAGGGCCAAGACCAUCAAGAAUACAGUCUCCGUGAACCUUGAACUAACUGCUGAAGAAUGGAAGAAGAAGUAUGAGAAAGAAAAAGACAAAAACAAGAGCUUGAAGAAUGUUAUCCAGCAUCUGGAAAUGGAACUGAACAGAUGGAGAAAUGGGGAAGCUGUGCCUGAGGAUGAACAAAUCAGUGCUAAGGACCAGAAGAAUCUGGAACCCUGUGACAAUACACCCAUCAUAGAUAACAUGACCCCUGUUGUCUCUAGCAUCUCCACAGAGGAGAAACAGAAGUAUGAUGAGGAGAUCACCUGCCUGUACAGACAGUUGGAUGAUAAGGAUGAUGAAAUUAACCAGCAGAGCCAGCUGGCUGAAAAAUUAAAGCAGCAGAUGUUGGAUCAGGAUGAGCUUUUAGCUUCCACAAGAAGAGACUAUGAGAAGAUUCAAGAGGAGCUGACUCGUCUCCAGAUUGAGAAUGAGGCUGCCAAGGAUGAGGUGAAAGAGGUUCUUCAGGCCCUGGAGGAGUUAGCUGUCAAUUAUGACCAGAAGUCACAGGAAGUGGAGGACAAGACCCGAGCCAAUGAACAGCUGACUGAUGAACUAGCCCAGAAAACGACUACCUUGUCCGCUACACAAAGAGAGUUGAAUCAACUGCAGGAGCUGAGCAACCACCAGAAAAAACGAGCCACAGAGAUCCUGAAUUUACUGCUGAAGGAUCUGGGGGAGAUUGGUGGAAUCAUUGGCACCAAUGAUGUGAAGACAUUAGCAGACGUAAAUGGAGUGAUUGAGGAGGAGUUUACCAUGGCCCGGUUGUAUAUCAGUAAGAUGAAGUCUGAAGUAAAAUCUCUGGUGAACCGGAGUAAACAGCUGGAAAGUGCACAGAUUGAUUCCAACCGGAAGAUGAAUGCCAGUGAGCGGGAGCUUGCAGCCUGCCAGCUGCUAAUCUCUCAGCAUGAAGCAAAAAUCAAGUCUCUGACAGAUUACAUGCAAAACAUGGAGCAAAAGAGGAGACAGUUGGAAGAAUCCCAGGAUUCACUCAGUGAAGAGCUGGCUAAACUCCGGGCCCAAGAAAAAAUGCAUGAAGUCAGUUUCCAGGAUAAAGAAAAGGAACACUUGACCCGACUUCAGGAUGCGGAGGAAAUGAAGAAAGCACUGGAACAACAAAUGGAGGGCCACAGGGAAGCCCACCAGAAGCAGCUGUCCAGGCUUCGAGAUGAGAUUGAAGAGAAGCAGAAAAUCAUUGACGAGAUUCGGGAUUUGAAUCAGAAGCUGCAGCUGGAGCAGGAGAAACUGAGUUGUGAUUAUGACAAACUGAAAAUAGAGGACCAGGAGAGAGAGAUGAAAUUGGAAAAGCUAAUAUUGCUCAAUGAUAAGAGGGAACAAGCAAGAGAAGACCUUAAAGGAUUAGAGGAAACUGUGUCCAGAGAACUGCAGACUCUUCACAACCUUCGUAAGCUCUUUGUCCAGGAUCUCACCACCAGAGUUAAAAAAAGUGUUGAAUUGGACAGUGAUGAUGGAGGGGGAAGUGCUGCCCAGAAGCAGAAAAUUUCCUUUCUUGAGAACAACUUGGAACAACUUACUAAGGUUCAUAAACAGCUGGUUCGUGAUAAUGCAGAUCUUCGUUGUGAGCUUCCUAAGCUGGAGAAAAGACUUCGUGCUACGGCGGAGCGAGUCAAGGCACUGGAGAGUGCACUGAAAGAAGCCAAGGAGAAUGCCAUGCGUGACCGCAAGCGGUAUCAACAGGAGGUAGAUCGCAUCAAAGAGGCUGUGAGAGCCAAGAACAUGGCAAGAAGGGCACAUUCUGCUCAGAUUGCCAAGCCAAUCCGUCCAGGCCAUUACCCUGCAUCCUCUCCAACAGCGGUACAUGCCAUCCGAGGAGGAGGAGGCGGAUCAUCUGCCUACUACCAGAAAUAAACAAGAAAUGUGACUCCACUUAGCAUGUCAAAGACUGCAUUUAUUCACCAAUCCCUUUUUUUCUCCUACACAAUCUGAUCUCCAUUUUCUUUUAUACACGCUUCCUCCAGCCAUCUGCAGUACAUCAAUUUCAGGUAUCUUGAACUGUGUAGAAUCUCCACGUGUACAGAAGUGUGUUUGGACUCACCCUUUCCUCAGAAAAAUGAACAAUGUAUUUACCAUCUCCACCUAGAUGACAGCAGAAGGUUCACCAUUUAGAAUCUCUACCACUGACUCUUGGCACUGGCUACCUUAUUUAUGGGCUUCUCCGCUGGCACCAAGCCUUUCGGCAGUACUCUUAUGCCUGUAAAUCCCACUUCUCUGUAUCUGAAGUAACACGGCAAUAGCCAAGCGCCAGAUAAGGCAGGUGAUUGUGUUCCAUCAUGACUGUCUGGUUUCCUGUAUAAUAAACAUAUUACUUUAUAUUUUUAGGGGAUGAAAAAUGUGCUGCUAUAUGGUUUAAAAUUUUAAUUCUGAACACUUUUCGGAAAUGAUUUUCCCCAAAGAGGCAUUUUUACUAUCCUGGUGAAAUCUUUGGAUCUGUAUAAUAAACCCUUUAGUAUGGUACUUGUUAAAAGAUGAAGCCAAUUUAUUCAAAAUCCAGAAAAAAAAGCCAUCUGUUAGUAGAGAUCUAGAUUUUGGUCACACAAAUACAUCUAUGUAAAUGAAAGGUCAUAGCAUUCGUGUCUGAUCGCCUUGUAAUUGUACCUGAAGUGAUUUGCUCUGUAAUGGGAUGGCCAGCCUCAUUCACCUGUCAGUCCAUCAAAAGUAUUUAAAAUGCUACAAAAUUUGACCAAUAGAAAUGGAGAAUUUUGUUCCCUGGCCCCUAGCCCUUUCCCCAUCAUCUGUUCUACUAGGAAGUGGAAUGAAAAGAUACCUGCUUUCUUUAAGGAAGAUUUUGCAAAGAUGUUCUUGAAAAAAUUCAGGAACAUCCCAGCAGUUGGAAAAGGAAUAUUAAAAUUUGAAAAUUUGCAUACCUGAUUGUAAAUGUGUAGUUGUGUAUAGGGAUUCCAUUCUAAUUCAUUUACUCCAUGAUUUCUUCUUGUUAGUUUUCUUCUUUGGCACCAGAUAGAAAUGACACCCCCAUCACUGUAGGUGACAGUGGUAUAAAUUGGUAUAAAUGAGGUUUAGAGAAGGCAAAGUUAGUAAAUACUUGAUACUGCCUUGGCUUUAACCCAUGACUUAUCCAAGCAGUCAAAGUUUCAUUAACGUAUUCUGCUCUUCCCUUUCCCUCCCACUACACACACACACACACACACACACACACACACACACACACACACACACACACACACACGCUAUUUUUGCUUGCUGCAGUUUUCUGCAACAAAUUUGCUAUUUAAACCAACAAUUAGUUGCUGCAUUUUGUAUGUCAUCCAUUUUGGGACAUGUCUGUGCCAGCCAAUGAUGGUUCAAGAAGGACCUGGAACAAGGUACUAGGCCUAUGCUAUCAGGCACACACUUUGCAAAUCAACCUUGUUAUCCCUGGCUAUGGCCACCAUUAGAAUGAAGUUGACACCAAUAGUGCUGUUGUGUGUAGGCAGAUGAUUAGGAACAGCUAAAUGUGCCUUUCUGCACAUGUCUACCUGUGGGCAUAUGUAUAUAACCAUCUAAAGAGAAAGCUGAAAGAUCAUUGAUUGGCUUCAAACCUAGUAUUUAAAACAAACAACUAUUUAGCCUACAUCUAACCUGCGUUUUUUUUUUUCUUACAGACUGUCUAGCUUAGUAGCUUUUAUAGCAAAACACCCUUGAUUUAUUUAUUGGUUUAAUGUUGCACAUUUUGAUGAGACGAGGGAAAUGAGAGGAAAGAGUGAGUGGGAGAUAGAUAGUUCUGUUAUUUAUUUAACAAAGUCAAUUACUUUGCAUUGGUUUAUUCCACACCCUCCCCCCCACCCCGCCCCCGUUCUUGUAUGUGUUCCUGAAGAUACACACUGCCAGAAAAAAGAAACUGUCAGACUGACAUUUUUAGUCUACUGAAGUGGUCAGCCUAGGGUAAAAUCUGCCACCUUAUCAGUUAGUUACAUAUGGCUGAAAUAUGUCUUAGCAACAAAGUACCAAGUUGCCUCUGAUUUUUUCCCCCCUAAAACGCCAGUCCUAGAGAAGAAUGCCAAUUAAUGUAUUGCCAUAACAUCAUUGUAUGUUGUAUUGUAUGUACAUCAUGAUGUAUGUUGUAUUAUUUAUAAAUAAUUUAAUUAAUUUUGCAUUAAUUUUGUGUAAAUGGGCAGAGGUCAGUAAUUUGAGGUUUCAAUUAUUUAUUAGUAUAUAAUUAUGAAUCAAUUUUUAAAUUUUGGGGUCUUUUUAUUUGAAAAAUGCAAGCCUAGGGAAGUGAUAAAUCUAUUUCCAUUAAAAAAGUUUCUUUCAUUAAUGCAAAUGGAUAUAAUGGUUGCUUGAUAUUAAAAGGGGAAACACAAGGUUAUUUUAUUCACAAGGAAAGUUGGUUUUGACAUCUCUUAAAGAUAGUUCUGCUAGCUGCUGAUCAGCCAGUCAGUUCACCUAGCUUACAUCUUUAUGGGACCUCCAAACUUACUUUUACAUUGUAAUGAUAAGAUAAACUUUGAGUUUCUGAAAUGCUUAAAAGCAGUCAAUUCAAUGACAUAUUUAAACCUAGGCCUCAUCUAAAAAAUUUAAAUUUAUGUAAUAACUCACUUGCUCUCUUAGUAGCAAAUGCUUUACAAGUUUUGUUUCCUUCUUAAUGAAGGAAGCAUGUUAGUUUUACAUUUCAGAAUUUGCUUGAAUUUUUAAAAAAUGUUUUGCUGCUUUAAAUUUGUACAAAUGCAAACAUCUCUGCUCUUUGGAUCUUACAGUUGUAUUUUGAGAUUUUAUACAGUUUUAUGCUAAUGCGCUUCUCUUUUUUCCUCUGAAUAAUUUUAUAUUUCAUGCCAUUUCUUGAGAGUUCUUUGGUGGUAUAAGGGGAUAGACAGGUAGUUUAAAUAAAUGCAAUCUCUUUUCAAAUGAAAAACUACAGUACAGGAUAAUUGUUUGCUGAAUUAGAAGAGUGUAGUUUUAGACUUCAGGAUUUAUGGUUGGGGGUGGGGUGGGAUCUUGUUAAUGCCAAAUGUGUUUAGCUGCUCAGUUACCGAAGAAUUCUAUAUAAAUGUAUUUCUUCAAAUUACUAUUUAUUAUUUUAGUUUUGUUGAGUGAAGGAAUACUUAGUAGCUUGAAAGAAGCUUUUAAUAAGGUAAAUAUGUACUAAAUUGGGUGUGUAUGUGAGGGGGAUCCACUAGAAUUUAUGGAAAUUUGGGGGAACAAGUGAGGAGAAAAGUCUACCUAGAAUAGACUCAUGUGGCCACUGGGCUUCCUCUCCUUCAAAAAUCUAAAGAUCACUGAAUGUAAUCUCUAUUCAAGGAUAGGAUAAAUAAGGAUAGUAUGGAGAUUAGGGUGUAACUCUUUUUUCCUACACGGAAAAUGAAAAUAAAUGAAAACUCAGAUUUCCAUCUUUGGAUUCCAUUUGUAUGAAGAGAAUAGAUAUUUGAGGGUCUAGGUUCAUAGCAUAUUGGGAAAAUAUUUCAAAGAUGAGGAGGAAAAGGAUUACCUUUUAUAUUCUUAAUCUGGGUAUUUCAAUCAUCCUAAAGAGUCUUUUUAAUCUCCAAUUACUUCAUGUAGUGUUAACAGUUUGGAUUUUAAAAAUGUAUUGGAUGGGGGCCAGCUAACCAUAAAAGGAAGCCACACUCCAUGAAGCUUUUCUCUUAUUCAUGAAAAAAUUGUGUAUCAAUUUUAAAUACUUUUCAAUGUGGGCAGAUAUAAGGGGAAUGUGGCAUUCUGUAGAAUUAUACAUGUCUAGUUUGUAAAGUGUGUAAUGUGUACUGCAGAUGUGUAUUCUCUGGGCUCUAUGUAUCUGUACAAUAGCUUUCAUUUUAGGAAAAAACCAUGGAAAGACUUUCUUUGGUGGUACAAGGGGGAAAUGAUCAUCUGCAUCAAGUAAUGAUGCUCUAAUGUAUUAAAUUCUAACAGAAGAUCAGAAAAUAACCCUUCCCUGCCUCAUGGAUGAGUUUUGUUUAUCUUUUAGGUCCUAAGAUGCUAUUCAAGAUGUAUGGAUACACUGGCAGACUGCAUGAUGUAUAAUUUGAAAAAUGUUAAAAGUGGAAAAUAAAAUUGAAUUAAACUUUA